UAUGUCGUUGCAAACUUAACGAUGCUGCCCAAACUUUGUUGACUUCACACAUGACAGAGUAAUUUCAGACCAGCUUGAAAUGGGUAGGCUAAUAUUUGCAGACGAAAGUGUGCAAAAAUACCUAUCAAAACUGGUCGCAGAUGGAUCGUGGAACAUUGGACUUGUCAUCGGACAGCAAGGCCAAGGGGACGGUUCUCAGAGAGAUUAUGUGAUACACGUGGCAAGAACCCCUGAACCAGUGGAGGAUGUCGCUGAUAUUGAGAGCGAGAAUGAGGCAGAAGAAGAGGACUCUAACAAAGAGAUGCGGAGCGUACCUCGACCUGCAUCACUUGAAGAUGCUAAUGAGCUGUGGGUGUCGACUCAUGCAAAACAGACCACUAAAAUGCUGCCCGGGGGAAUGUCAGUCAUAGGCCUCUUUGCAAUUGCCCCCCCAAAGAUGAUGGAGGCGUCUCAAGCUAAACUGCGACAGUUGCUGUAUGCAGUCCACCGUUCUGUAGACAAAGGGAGAAUACUCCAGAGUAAAGGUCAAAACAUGAUGGACAGAAUACUUGUACAAAUUUGUUCCCAAACUAGAAAAUUAACAUGCCGUACCUUAGAUGUCAAUUACCACUUGAGCACCUACAGAGCAGCCGAGUGGAAAUACCAGUCUAUACUGGAUCGCUUUAUCCGUCUGGAGACACGAGUGGCCAUCAAUCUGUCCCUGCCUGUACCCCUAGACACAGCCAAACAGAACCUCAGUAAACAAAUCAAAACCUCCUUAACACCAUACUGUAACAACAUUUGGGAAUCCCUGGCGACAGUGAACAAGCAGAUGCGUAACCUUGACCAGACCCUCGAGUUCACAGACAGCAAGAAAGGACGGCUGACAAAGGGCUCCACAACUCACCAUAAAUAUGUAGUAGACCUCUUCCUCUCUGCAACUAGUGAUAAGGGUAUCACCAGUGGGCCAGUAUUGUCAGAGUGCGGGGCCAGAAUGCAAAUCUCAGGGGCAAUCUCAGGCAGAGCGUUUGUCCACAACAAGGCUACUGUGAACGAAGGAAUAGAGGCCAUCAAGCAGGAUGUGAUAAGAAGCUUGUCAUCUCGCUGCCAGCUUUUAUGCGAAGACAUUAAUGUAAUUGAAGAAGAUAGAGUAGCAAACCUCCAUGAACUGUAUGACACACCCAAGCGGGUGUUCGCCCACGUGCCUGGCUUUCCGAUCACAUUCUGUGACUAUGCCUUCAAAGAUGAGACCAACAAGGACAUAAUGGAGCGGUAUUCUGAACUCCUGGACAUACGCCUGCAGGAAGAGAACCUGGAACUGGAAGCCGAGUCUUUCCUAGAUGAUGAAGAUCGUGAUGACAUGUUGAAGGCAGAAGAUUCUGCCUCCUGUGAGGGGCGAACAUCUGCUCCGCCACCCAAUGUUGACAGUGUAUCUCACUCCUCAUCUGCCGGCAGCCUGCUGUCUGAACCAGGAGCUGGUGUCAGAGCUAUUGGUGUUGUGGCAAGUGGGGCUUUAGCAGCUGUGAUUGCUGGAAUGUCCUAUCUGUACCUGGGAACAGAAAGCUAGUCAGCAAUUGGCCUUCGAAAGAAUGAUUUAAUAUGUGCUAAAAGUACAAUUCAUCUGGUCAGGAUAAACAUGUUUUUUUUUUGUUUUUUUGUAAAUACUGAGUAAUUUAAGCUCAUCCUACUAUAUAUUGUGGUUCUUUGUAGCCAGACCAAAUGUUUAGGCCAUGAAAUAGAUUUUCUUAAAAUCAUUCCCAGAUUUUCCAGUGUUUACAGGCUUUCUUGUCAUUUUUCAAUUUAAUACUGGUUUAAUAUUGUACGGUGGGAACUGAGCAGUUCUCCUCAUUCUGACAAAACCACUAGUGUAUGUUUCAUCAACAAUCAUUCGUUUACUAACGAACAUCAGCUCUUCAUUGUAUCUUGUUUAUAUAUAUAUCUGAUUGCUAAAUAAAGCUUGUGAACAUC